AUGUCUGCCCUGCUCAAAUUCGCCUCCAUCGGCUCCGCCUUCUCCCUCUUCGGCGCCAGUGCCUUGUACUCCAUGCGCAACUCUUCCUCCGACUUCUCGCGCAACGCCCUCGCGCUCGAACACACCGGCGAAGCGCAGACGCGUGGCAUUCCCAAGCCGAAAGUUCCCUCCAACUUCCUCGCCAUUUCCAUCGGCGGUUACGAAAUCAAGACCGCCGCAUAG